UGGCUUACUUGAUCUGCCAUCACCUACGAUCACGAGCACGAUGAAUGAGUGGCGUCGGCUCUCCGACAUGCUCGUGCAGCAAGUGCUGUCGUUAUGCGCCACACUCGACUUGUGUAGGUUUCGUGCGGUAUGCAAGAGAUGGAACUCUCUGAUCUGCGCGCCAGAAUGUGGAAAAUUUCUUUGUUUCCGGAAUGCGAAUGAAGAUGCUCGUUACAUCAUCGGGCGUUGUUUUCACCAACACUUUGAGACAAGCCUUACUGACAUUGAUGGCAGUACGCUUAAAUACAUUAAGGUUGUUGGGUGGAAAAUAUUUGACCUGAAUGACAGGCGGUGGUACACAUGGAAGGGGCCUUUACUGAGCACUUAUUCCAAUGACCACCCUCUGGUUUCGGAUGAGGAUUUGAUCGUAUUAUGCGGCACCACUACAAUGGCUGCUGCUAAUGACCAUCCUCUGGCUUCGGAUGAAGGUUUAGUAGUAUGUUGCUCUGUGUUGGCCGGUACAGCAACCAUUUCCGAGAUAGUCAUUACUAACCCCAUUGUGAUGACCAAAAUGGUACUGCCAAUGCCAGUGGCAUGGAAUAAUCUCUAUUUAUCCAGUUUUCUAGUAAAUCUGGCCGUUGACAGCAUCUCCCAGGCCUACAAGAUUUUCCUCAUCAACAGAUAUGAAGACCCCUUUAUGUGUGUUUUUGCUUCCACUACCAAUCAAUGGCGGAUCUCGAGUAACCCGCCCGUGCUGCGGCUGCACGAUGGGGCAGGGGCUCAAGCACACAGCGUCAUAUUUCAGGGGCAGUUGUACGUUUUGUUUAAAACUUAUCGUGUCCCUGGGUCAAAUGAAGGGUGGCCAUUCAAAUUUUGGCUUCAUAGAUACACCUUCCUGGAGGAUUUUUGGACAGAUUGCGGAGUGGACUUCCCGGAGUGGCCAGAUAAUGAUGGCACCUUCAUCACAGAGUCCCAUUUGGCAGAACCUUCGUUCGAUGCGCAAGAGCUGGAGGUGGAUGGCCCAACUGACGAAUUCUUUGAUGCGAAACUUGGGGAGCAGGUGGCUGUGAGAUCAUUCGUUUUUAACCAGGCGUUUGGUUUUGGCAAUUCCAUUAUGCUUACGUAUAGAUGGCUUGGAUUCUCGAUAGUAUAUAACGUGGAGACACGUUUGUGGGAAUUAUUGCCUACAGAUCCAACUGUUGAGUUGUAUGGGAAUGUGAUGCCUCUGCGUCCACCUAGAACCUUUGGUAAACCAAUCGCAGGAGAAUUGGUGGCAUUGAAUGAUUCCUGAGCACAACUCAACAAAGGAAAGUUUUAUUUUUGUAUAUUUACCCCACUAUGAAGUCGAUGCGUAAAGUGUUGAGAAUUGCUGGAGAUGGAUCAUGAUGAGUGUGGAGUCCAUGACUAAGAUAGCCAUGGUUUGCAAGUUCUAGUGCCCAACUUUAGAUUAGCUUUGCAGCACAUUGUAGUAAGUUACUACCACUUAGAAAAUAGAUAGACUUUCUUCACGGACUUUCUUCACAGGAAUGCUUCAGCAUUGAAAACAUUCAAGUUAGUUCCUUUAUAUUCCAGUUUGUUUGUUCCCAUUUCUAACAUGUGAUAGACCAUUUCCUUUAAACUAACAGUGACAAUAAAUUUUGCUUUUGUCAAA